CAUCCCCACCCCCACCCCCACCCGCGCCUCCGCCCAGCCCCUCCACCCCGGGCGAGGCCGCGUCCUUCCACCGCCACCGCCGCCGCCGCGGCCGCUGCCGCCUUCCAAUCCUCUGGAACAGCACCGGAGUGGGGGCGCCACGGCAAACCCAUCCAUGACGAGCCGCCCCACCGCGCCGCGCCACCUCCCCGACAUAGGGUUUGCCUCUCGCGCCGCCCUGCCAUGCUAAGGGGUGGGGAGGAGGCGACCUGGUGUUACCCGGAGGAAGCUGGGGCGGGGCCUCGCCGGCGGAUGGACGCCGAUGAGGCUGCGGGAAGUAGCAGGAGGAUGGAUCUGAACCUGUACCUCGGCCUCCCCCGCGCCCCGCGGUCCCGCCGCUCCGACCUCGGCUCCGACCUCGCGCUCAGCACCCCGAUGCCCUCCUCGCCCUCCUCCUCCGCCGCCUCCGUCGACGCCCCUCCGCCUCCGGAGCCCCCGCACGCCCCCUACUCCCCGUCUCGCGCCGGCCUUUCUCCCCCGCCGCCGGAGGUGUACUCCUCGUACCAUCCCGAGGACGCGCACCUACCGUACGCGCCGCCUCUGCCGCCGGUCAUCCAUGAGCUCCCCGACGACAUCGGGUUCGGCUUCCACCCCCCGCCAUCGCUGGUGCGAGCCAGCGAGUUUCUCUGGGAGGACCGCCCGUCUUCAUCGACGGCCUCCUCCUCCUUUCUCCCUGACGCCGCAACAAGGUACAGGCAGCUGCUUGAGCAGACAGGAAGCCGGUGGCUCCGCUCUAGGCCCACCGGGCGGUUUAGAUCGGACCUUCCACCGCUCAGCUCCGAGGCUCAACCCCUGGGGCAUCAUGAUGCAGCAGUGCCGGUGCCACAUCAUGAGACGACAAUUGAUGUCGUUGGAGAUGAUAAGGUAACCGGCAAUGGAGUGGAAGUAGGUGCCUCAGAGGAGUCGGAGGAGCGGGGCAAGAGCGUCGCCACAUUUGAGUGCAACAUAUGCUUUGAGAUGGCCGGAGAGCCGGUGGUCACUUCUUGUGGCCAUCUCUUCUGCUGGCCUUGCUUAUACCAAUGGCUUAAUGUUUACUCCAACCACAAGGAAUGCCCAGUCUGCAAGGGCGAGGUGACGGAGGCGAAUAUCACUCCUAUCUAUGGUAGAGGGAAUUCUUGUUCAGAUGCAGAGAAGGCUGCGGAUGAAGGCAAGCAGCCAGGUCUUACAAUCCCACCAAGGCCACAUGGGAAUCGUCUUGAAAGUUUCCGGCAGCAGUUCCAGCACUUACGUCCAAUGUCAAGAAGGCUUGGCGACGCACAUGGGAUACUGUCAUCGUGGAGGCGCCUUCUUGAUCAACAGAUCAUGAGCAGUGUGAGUAGAUUCGAAGGCCCGUCUGAACCAGCUGUGCAUGAAACAGGUGACAUUGCUCCGCACACUGGCCGCCUAAGUAGAUUGACCACAAGGAUGAGAGCAAGACGGUUGCUGAGCGAGGUAGAUAACUCUCCUGAUGCUGGUUUUGUUGCCCCUGAUAGUGGUCUACCUGGAAAUAGUGCGCCAGAUGCACCUAGAGAUGCUUCAGGCCCGGUUUUACCAGAAGGAUUUGAUUUGUUGCAACGGCUUACUCUUAUUGGCAUUGCAAAUACAGAAAGAUUGGCAACUGCCAUGAGUGACCUUAGAAGGAUAGCUACACCUGGCCAACACGGAGCAUCUGCUUCAUACCUUAGAAGGUUAGCUACACCUGGCCAAUACGGAGGAUCUGCUUCAUCGUCGAACCCUUUGAAUCCCGAGGCAACAGUUGACGGAACCCAUGUUGGUGCAGCACCUUCUACAGACCAAGCAUCAAACUCGAGCACCAUUGCAGUGAUACAGGGGGAUGCAGGUGUUUCUGAGACGGUGGGAGAGCCUAGCAACGCAGGUUCUUCGAGAACCCUGAGGAGGAGGGGGAGGAGCAGUGCGUUGGCUUCUUUAGAUGUGGAUGGUGCCCCCCCACAGCGCAACAAGAGGCGGAGGAUGUAGACCUUCUCGGUCGCGGAGUUUCUUUGAACUUGAUAAUGUUGCUGAUUCCAGUUAUUCCAUUUCGUUUCUUUGGAUGGUAUCCGCUGUGUUGUAGUGUAACAAUGUUCUUUCCCUUUCCAUUUGUUUACUAGAAUGGUUCUGUUUAGUCCUCCUGGGGCCUGUUGUACCUCUUUAGUCUGUCAAACUGUUGGUCAAGCCAAAUGUGGAGGGUUGUUGUGGGAUGAAA